AUGGGGGAUGUUGGGUGCCAAUUUGAGCAUAGUAAAUCUCUGUUCCAGCAGGCUCAGAAUGCAUUGUAUGCUGAUCCUAGCAAUGAUUCUUUGGUCUUGGCUGAAAGAGAAGCGUAUUUGGAAUAUAGAAGACAUGAGAAGGUCUAUGAGAGUUUUAUUCGAAAAAAGAGUAAGAUUACUUGGCUUCUCUUUGGGGAUGACAAUAUGACUUUUUUCCAUGCCAGUUUGAAGAAAAGGAAGUUAUCUAAUCUCAUAGUUUCUUAUAUAUCAGCUUAUGGGGCUGUUGUUGAUGAUUACGAGCAGGUAAUUCACCAUUUCCUUCAUCGUUUUCAGAGCUACUUAGGUUGUUCGGGUAGAGCUAAUGGUCACAUUGAUAUGCAAAGUAUCUCUUAUGGCCCAGUUUUAGAUAUGGCUUCCCAACUGGACCUAAUUAAGUCAUUCACUACUCAUGAUGUUAAAAUGGCCCCCUCUAGCAUUCAUCCUGUUAAAAGUCCAGGACCGGAUGAGUACGGGGCUGGUUUUUUCAAGGUUCUGUGGAAAGAAAUAGGUAGGGAGGUCUCACAGGCUAUCCUUGAGUUUUUUGAGAUAGGAUUUAUCCCUCAAAGCUUAAAUGACACUCUCUUGGUGAUGAUUCUGAAGGUGGACCAGCCUUCUACUGCUGCUGACUUUAGGCCAAUAGCUUGCUGCACUACCAUCUAUAAAUGCAUAUCAAAGAUGCUCUGCAGUAGGCUUGUUACAAUCCUUCCUUUGUUGAUUAAUUCUAAUCAAGGUGCGUUUAUAAAGCAUAGAACUCUUGCCUAUAAUGUUCUCAUAUUUCAAGAUUUGAUAAUGGGAUAUAAUAGGAAAAAUAGCUCUCCUAGAUGUGCUAUGAAGAUUGACCUUAGUAAAUCCUAUGAUUCAAUUGAUUGGGACUUCUUUGAGAAUUCGCUAAAGAUCAUGAUUUGCUUGAGAGGGAGGUAUAAAAGGCUUAGGCAAGGGGUUCCUAUUUCUCCUUUGGUCUUUGUCAUUGUGAUGGAUUACCUUACUCGAAUGUUAAUCAAAGCUUCCAAGGAUAAAGGAUUCAGAUUUCAUCCUAUGUGCAAAUCUCUCAAUCUUGUUAAUCUUUGCUGUGCGGAUGAUUUACUUAUUUUUUGUAAGGCUAAUCCUCAAUCUGUCCAGAUCUUGCAUUCAACUCUUAUUGAGUUUCCCUUGACUUCAGGAGUUUCUAUUAACCUUAGUAAAUCCUGUAUUUACCUUGGUGGGCUGACUGAUGCUGCUAAGGAGGAUGUGUUGAGCUGUACUAAUCUGCAGGAGGGGUCAUUUCCACUGAAGGAUCUUGGUGUCCCUCUUAGACCUACCAAAUGCAAAGCUUCUGACUUUGAAAUAAUUCUCAAGAAGAUUAGAUUAUGUCUUAAUUCCUGGGAUCAGCUAUGGGUGAAAUGGGUGAAUACCAUUUACUUAAAAGGAGUGCCAAUCAGGGACUAUAAAUUGAAACAAGAUGAUAGUUGGUAUUGGAGAAAACUAAUCAAGCUAAGUCAUUUAGUGUCUGGAACAGAUUUGGAUGUUGCUAUAGUGCAUGGUCAGCUCAGGUUGGACAAGUUGUAUACUCAUUUUAUUUCUAGUGUGAAUAUUGAAUAUGGGCGUAAAAUUUGGUGCAAGUUUUCAGUGCCUAAGCAUCGGUUUGUUCUUUGGCAAGUUGUUAAUAAUCACUUACUCACUAGAGAUCUUCUCCACAAUUCUCAUGUGAAUAUUAACUCCUUGAGCUGCCUUGUUUGUUACCAGUUGAAUGAAUCCCAUUCGCAUCUCUUCUUUGAGUGCAUUUUCUCUGAGAAACUUAGAUUGACCAUUGCUAUCUGGUUGGGGGAUUUGAUCUGGCCUGGGAAGUUUACUGCUUGGCUUGAUUGGUCGGCUGUUUGCAGACGUGAUUGGCUAGGCCAGGUGGUAUCUGCUACUCUUGCAGCUGCUGUAUAUUUUCUCUGGUUUAACAGGAACAAGUGUGUUUUUUUAUAA